AAAAAGUUUCGUUAAAUCAAUAUUUUCAGUUCUAUCUAUAUGUUUAUUUCCUAACGUUGUCUAGAGAUAUUAUUUUCGGUGGCGAAGUGUCGCUCGCCAGAUCUAUAUUCCCCGCCAUCAUCGGUCGGGUGUUCUUGUGUGCUAGUAAGAGGUUUGUAUUGGCUUCUUUAUCAAUCAUGAAUCAGGAUUUCUUCUGCAUCGAUAUAGAGGCCGAUCGCCCCCCUCCUGAACCACCGCCAAUCCAAGAAGAUGACAUUGGAUGGAUUGCUUUCUUUCCGGUGGCUGGUCAAACCGGAACAAUUUCUGCACUUGGCUCCUUACCGGUGGCUGGAAAAACCGACAAGUUCAAUAAUUCCUUUUCGGUGGCUGGUCAAGCCGAACCCAUUUUGAGUAGCAUGAGUAGACAC